ACUCAAUGUCAAGGUUGCACAUGAGCGGACUCACAGAUUAAAGGUGAAGAAUUAUCGUUUUUACUCUGAAUCGUGUCUAUUCAUUUGUUAGUUGAAGUCAUAAAUAGAAAACAAAAAAAUAGGAAAAAGGAUGGCGAACUUACAACCAACUGAUCAUGCCAACUGUUCCGACUUAAUAAUAGCUAUUUGUAAGCAACAUGAAGCGGUGAGACGUGAUCUGAACCGGCUAACUGUGACACUACAAGAAUUUGAUGUCUCGAUUGAAUUUAAAGCAUCAGAAGGAUCAUUACAAGACGAACAGAUUAAAUUGCAGAAAAUUGUUGACAUAGCAACGCUUCGUGAACGCUUGAAGAAUGCAAUUUCUUUGCAUGAUUCCGCUAAAGAUUUGCUUGAUAUUGACUCAGUAGAUAAAAGAAGAUGGUUAAAACAUAUUAUUAGCUAUGCCGUUUUAGGUGCCACAAUUGGGGGUUUGGUAAUAAGAAGUGUUAUGGCCUCUGGAAAAUGGCUUCCUUUUGUUAUCAGCGUCUUCAGUGCCCUGGCAGCAAUCAACCGAUGGCAAGAAGUCAGUAACAAUAGAAAACUUCUAUCUGCCUUAAAAGAAGAUCAAAGUGAUUUAGAGCGUCACGUUUCAGAAUUAAACGAUCAUUUGAAUACUGUAACAGAAAAAUUAAUGGCUAAAAUUAAAAAUGUUGUUUGUGGUAUAUCGGGUGGAGUUGAUAGUGCAGUUUCUGCGUAUCUUCUGAAGCAAAAAGGUUUCAACGUGCGCGGGGUGUUUAUGAAAAAUUGGGAUUCUAUUAAUGAAAAAGGAGAAUGUCUUGCUGAUCAUGACUACGAAAUUGCUCAGAGAGUUUGCUGGAAGUUAGGAAUAGAAUUAACUUUUAUAGAUUUUAUCAAAAAAUACUGGAAUGAAGUUUUUGUACCUAUGUUAAAAAAUUAUGAAAAAGGAUUCACUCCCAAUCCAGAUGUAGUCUGCAACAAACAAAUCAAAUUCGGAAGUUUCUUUAGGUAUGCUUCAACAAAAUUACAAGCGGACGCUAUUGCCACGGGUCAUUACGCAAGGAAUUCUUACGGAGAUUUCCUUGAGAAUAUUAACCCUGCAGAUGAUGCAAGAUUAUUAAGGCCUACAGAUACUUGGAAAGAUCAAACGUUAUUUCUGUCUAAUAUUAAUCAAACAGCCUUGCGAAGAACUAUGUUUCCUAUAGGGACAUUAAUGAAGUCUGAAGUGAGGAAUAUAGCAAAAGAUAUUGGCUUAGAUAUGGUUGCGAAUAGAAAAGACAGCACUGGUAUCUGCUUUAUAGGAACACGGAAUUUCUCCACGUUUAUAGAACAGUAUAUUGAACCAAAACCCGGAAAGUUUAUCGACAUUGAAACUGGAAAGAUUUUAGGCAAACAUAAAGGUGUUCACUACUGGACUCUUGGUCAGAGAGCCCUGCUAAGCGGUUUCUCUAAACCGUAUUUCAUUGCCAAACUGGAUGCUGAUAGUCAAAAUAUAUUUGUCGCCUCGGGAACUAAUCAUCCGUCACUUUUUUCUACAACAUUUUAUACUGCAGAGCCUCACUGGAUACGCUCCCAGAUUGAUACAACGAAAAAUGUCGGAUUCAGAUUUCAGAAUAAUCAGAACAUUAAGGAAUGUCAGUUUUCAAAAGCAGGAGAAAGAUACAAAGUUGAGCUUAAAGAACCUAUGAGAGCAUUAACACCCGGACAAUAUGCAGUCUUUUACAGGGAUAAUGAAUGCUUGGGUGGAGCAGAAAUAACAAGUAUAGGAAGUACUUUGUAUGACUUGCAGACGUAA